CUCUUAUGCCAGCUGAAGUGUCUAAAUUAGAACAACAACCUGACAAGACCAAAGAGAACAAACCCAUACGACGGAAUGAUCAUUUUGCCCUUUGGGACAUCACUCAUGGAUGUGCUUCAGCAGAAUAGGUGAGGAGAGUAGCAGAGGACUAAGGAGCAGACAGCAACAGAAGGGUAAGAAGAGCAGGAGAGAUGAACACGGAGGAAGUACCGCUUGCUCCCCCGCUCCGUGGAGUUACACCUGCUUUACUAUGGAAGGUGAAUAAUUACUCCUUUGGAACACGUCAAACGAGGAAAAUGUUUCCUCACUACCAUCCUCCAACCUGGCUGGGGAACACGUAUCUCCCUCUUAGGGGGUUUCCCCACACAGGCCCUGGGUGUUAUGCAGCAGCAACAGAUUGGAAUGGCUUGGCAUAUAACCUAUCGAAAGUCCCAACCAGUACAAAAGGCUAUGCCAUUGGAGCCAGGACAGCUGUGAGGUUUAAGCCAGUCAGCAAGGAUGUGACACCAUACCCAGGAAUGUAUCAGAAAGUUGAUACUUUGAGUGAAAAAACAAAAAAAAGCUUUGCCCCAUUUAAUGUUUUGAUGCCUCGAUUUCAGAGUGAACCAAAGGGUGAUUCUUACCCUGGCCCUGGCACAUACAAUCCAGAGAUGAAGUCAAUCCCAAAAGUUACUUGGCCAAUGAAAUUUGGAUCUCCAGACUGGUCUCAGGUACCAUGUCUAGAGAAAAGGACUCUAAAAGCUGAGCUGUCUACAGACAAGGACUUUAGAAAGCACCGUAACCGCGUGGCCUACUUUAGCCUGUAUUACAAAUAAACAAUAAGCACUGUCUUCAUGUGCUCUCCUGACCACAGAGUCUCCAGAACUGAGGACAUAAUUGCUCUUGUAUUUCUGUGUUCCUGGGCCCUCUUGUCUGCCCAUUUGGUGUCCAGGGAGGGACAAGGGUCUCAUGGUCACCCUCCAAAUACAUAAAGGCUAGUCCAGAA